UGCUGUCAGACUGUCACUCACACUGCUGAGGCGAGCUGAACUGUCAGUUCUUCAUUACUGCAUGGGGGAGCCUAGUUAGCACGUCUCCAUCUCUCUACACCUGCUCUCUCACUGGCACCAUGAUAAACACCUACCACACCAGCCUGCCGAUGCCACCGCCGCCACCUCCACCAGUCCCUCCUCGCUUCCACAGCAGGCCUGAGCCGCGGCACAACUCAAGCCUGAUCUGGUUCUUGGCUGUGGUGCUGGUGAUGCACAUGUUUCUCACGUUUGGGGGAUUCAUCUACCUUUUUCACAAGGGCAACCAGCAAGAAUUGAAUGAAAACAAUGAUGACUUCCACAUCCUAAAGAGACUUCAGCAAUGUAAAGAUACAAACUUGGAUGGCCAGUCAUUGCCCGACUGCAAACAGGUUCUAGACAAAUUCAACAACAUUGUGGCAAAGGCCUCACAAACAGAAGUUGCCAUGUUGACUGGGGACCACUACGAUGGAGCUCUAGCGCACAUGUCAGUCAGGAGAACUUCAAGCACAGGAAAAGGCAAUGCGGUCCGUGCCCUGGAGUGGAACUCUGACCAUUCUAGUCAAGUGAAUGUGGACACAGAGGGUGAUAGCAGACUCCGCAUCAGUCGCGCCGGCUACUACUACAUCUACUCACAGGUCACCUUCUCCAUCAAGAACGGCACAGCGCCGUUGGAAAACACCAUCCGACAUGUCAAGUUGAAGAAGCCGGACAAUACGUGGAGCAAACCCCAGGAGAUAGACGAGGUCUUACUCAAGUCUUACUGUCCACCCACAAAGUUACCGCUGUGCACUGCCUCACAAGGAGGGGUGUUCAAGCUGGACAAAGAUGACCGGUUGUAUGUGCAGGUGACGAACCUGAGCUGGGUGAACUAUGACUGGAGUGCCACCUUCUUUGGAUUAUACAAACUUUAAGAACUGGAGCUUCCUGUGCUGGACCCAAGGAGACAAGGAGGACAAUCAAAAAAAGCCAAGAAGUUUAAGGAUACGGGACUUCACUAUUCACCUGCACCAUUUUCCUUCUUCUACUGGAAUACUUCCUAAAAUGAAUGGCAACAGAACAAUGAAAAACUGCACUACAAUUUGAGUAAAAGUCCUUUGAGAAGAAAAAACUGAGAAUGUAUUUAAUCUUUGGAAGAUUUGAAUAGACACUCUUCUGUCUCCAGAGUAUUAUGUCAGUAAAUGGUAUUUAUGGUAGCAUCAUUUGAUAAAACAACUUGCUGGGAUUGGUAAUGAAGGUUAUGAAGGACAUAUUUUCGGCUCUUUGAUGAGUUCACAUGAAACCAUGUUUCCAAAUGACAUUGAUUGACUUGACAUUGAUUGGUUCAUGAAAGUGUAACCAAGCUGACAUAUAUGUAGUAGUAAUCUGCUAGAAUAAUAUUGUAGCUAAUUUUCAUAUGGUGACCCUGCAUCGGUCUCCUAACAACAGAAUAUACGGUAUUUAGAUAACUGACCUUGUGUUUGCAGUGGCAAUGUUUUAAGUAACUUAUUUCUCUUUUCGGAGAGUUUGAAAAAGAUUGUAUUUAUUUGGGGACUGGGGUGAAUACUCAGGACUCCUGUGCUUUGCUAUAUUGUAAAUAUUGACAUUUAUAUUAAAUGUAUAUUUUGUCAUGAUUUAAA